AUGUUUCUUUGUAGUACCUUUCUCCGGUACAUGUCAGUUGAAGUUCUUCGGGAGAGCGCUUGUGAUUGCAUACAUGAGAUUAUCAUGAAGGGAAUGGAGCCACUGGCGAAGAAAGAACUGGUGGAAUCUCUUCUGAGCGUUCUGGAGAAAAGCAGCAUCCUUGAACCACAAGAGGUAAAAUGAUUAUUCAUGUGUAAGCGUAACAUUUUUGUCCAAGAUUGUAGCUUCAAUACGCAGUUUCCUCCAUAUUCCCAGGGGUGAAUGGGUGAAUGUAUUUUUUGUUUAAUUUGUCAUUUGAAUCAUCACUUUUAGGAUGAAGAUGCUGACUUCAUGGCCAAGUUAGCAAAACUGAUGAGUGCUUCAGGAUCACAGCUUCUAAACAGCUACACUAAGUAAGAGAUUAUUGAUUUGCUAGCACAAUUUCAAACUGUGUUCUUAAGCAAGACAAUACUUUAGAGAGACUGAGAGUUGUAUUGUCAGGAAACAGAAAAUGUCAGAUUCAAGUUUAGAAUUUCUCAAAAUUGAAAAUGUGCAGCUAAAAACAAGACAUAACUAAUGUGAAGCUACUAAGUUUGUGGUAGAAUUAGUAAACAGUAAAUUGCACAACAAAGUUAAGGGAAAACUUGGUCACAUGGUAUGAAUUUAACGUUUGCUGUAAACAUAACUAUAAAUCUUUCUAUUAUCCUGGACAAAAGUCCUUGAGACAGUACUGCAAUAUUCUUAUUUUUCUGUCAUUUCUCGGUUCCCUCUUAAAACAGUGCCAUCCGUUUUAAAAUCUUCUUGCAGUUCUCCCUCCUCCCCCCCUAUACAAAGUUGAAAGUUGGUAAAAAUUCAGGAUAGUCGAUACACAUGUCCAACAUGGGUGAGGGAGGGUUGGGCCUGUGUGAAUUGGAAAACGUCCUUGAGAAAUGCAGAAGUGUUCCAGGACUUUUGGUAGAAUAUCAGAAACUUUGCUCACCAAUUACGGAAAGGUACUACACUCUGUAAUUUAUCUGCAUUUUACAUUUUUAAACUUUUUUUGGUAUUAAUGGCCUCGUUUAAUAAAACACUUUAAAAAAGUCAAACUUCUGUAGAGCUGAUCCCCCCAACCGAAACAAUCUAGAAAGAGCUCAAAAAGAGAUGCAGUUUUUUUAGUUUGUUGUUAUAAUUCAGCACUGAAUACGAGAAAGGUCGUAACAGGUUUUUUCACGUUCCAGUUACUCUUAUAUGCCAAGCAUGACCAAUGGUUGUUUAAGUGAAAGCGUAGGCUAGAAAGAUUUUCCUGGUGAUUCGCUUUGCAAAUGUGUAGCAAAUUAGAAUGCUGAGUUUACAGUAGUGCGAGGGCCGGCAUAACUUAUCUUAGAGAAGCCCCUAACAUUCUUUUCUGUGGUGUUCCGCUUUUUAAGAACAUUAUCAAGGAGCAGCUUCUGUUGAAUCGAAUGGCUGAUGCCUGUAUCAACUUGUUUGCUAUGACGGCUUUGAUUUCCAGAGCAGUGCGAUCCAUAAACCAAGUGCCAGCCAUGAGGUGAGUGAUAGGUAGCAUAUUUAAGGAAAGGAAGGGAAAGGGGAUUUGGGGUUUCUGCGAAGUGGUUUUGUGCCCAAAUUCUCUUUACCUUCCCUUUCGAACGCCAGCCAGGCAGGCUAAACUCUCUGACUUCUGUAUUUGUGAAAAAAUAAAAGCCUGAAAAAAUUCAGAUUUGAACCAGGAUUCCGGAUUCGGGAUUUGGGAGCCGGGACUCGAACCCUAACCUAGUGAGGCCUUUAUUUAAUGAGUAUUGACACAGGCAAUCGAGGAAUAUCACUGGAAAUUAAGCUUAAAAUGAGUGACAAUGUUGUUGUCGAAGUAAUUGCGGCUAUUUUCUUUUUGCGGUAACUGACUUUACAUCAACCCUCUCACCCUCAACCUUCCCAGCAAAAAAUGUUUAAAAAAGCUCGAUACCAUGGUGACGGUAAGAGCUAUUUUUGGUGGCCUUGGCAAAAUAGAUUUACCAGAGGAUUUUGAAUUUAUUUAUCAACUGUGUCUAAUUUUUCAAUAUGUUUUCCUUACAGAUACAAUAUGCACUAA